CAAAGAGGGCUGAAGUAAAUUACCUGCCUCAGCACCCUUCUGGUGAAACAGACAGCAGCCUUGAGAAUGUGAGGCUUGACCUUAUAGAAGCCAGCAAGAGAAGGGACACCAAAAGCAUAAAUGACAUGAUGGCCAGGACAUAUAGCUGGAGAAGAAUGGAGGUGGUUGUCCAGUCCCCAGAUGUGGCAAAAUUUAAAGAAAGAUGGCCUGCCCUCUUUGAACCAUUCCAGAUAAAUGAAGAAUUCAGGUGUGCUGCAGUUCCACUAGAAUCAGUGUUUAUGUCCCAGCUGGACAAGUACACUCCAAAACUUCUCGACCUCUUCAGUGCGAAGAGUGGAGCGGUUGGUCAACGCAUCAAGAACCUGUUAAUGGAACUGAUACAGGAUCCAAGUACCUCUGUGGUGAAGAAGAGAGACGUGACUCUGAGAUGCCUCAUUGAAUACAUGGGAGAGAGUGUGCAAGAGCUCAUCUCUGACUACUAUGGAGAAACGGAGAGCAAUGUCCACGAGGCGCUGAAAAUGCGCAAUAUGCAGAUAUAUGUCUGCCGUGAACCAGAUGCAGUGGGCAUCAUCAUUGAGGGAAACCCAGUGCUUACUGAUCUUGGAAAUCUGGCCAGGGCAAGUUGCCUGCUUCUGGGGAUGACAUAUGCUCUGAACCUGCAGUAUCCACCACAACUCUGCAAAACAUUUGAGGUGUUCCAAAGACUUUUUGUGGGACUUGACACACUGCGCCCAAAGCCUUCCUCCCGAUUCAUGACACUAAAAAACAAACUUCUGGGUUAAUUGGUCAAAUGCCAGCUUACACUCAUAAAUUCCAAUCUUAAGUUUUCAGAGUUUUUCAGAAGAUUGUUCUGAAUGUGUAAUUGUUAAUUGGCUGCAGUUAAGAAGUUCUGUUUUAUGGUAAAAUGUUUUAAUACACACUACGGUAUAAUGUACUGUGCACUUACAGAUUGAAGCCAGUUCUUUCACGUCAAAUGCCAUGAUCCAGCUUCCCUGUGUUUUAUUUUAAUGUCCUUGUAAGGAAAUAUGUAAGAUUAUGUUUUUUUUAUGUUUUCUCUUUGCUUCACUACUAUUGCUCGGUGGGUAGCUUAACUGAGAACAACGUGGUAGUCAAGCACAGAUUUCUUCAGUUCCUGGAUAAGCCUCCAGCUGCUAGAAACUUGAGGUGAAGUCAGGCCUGUUAUGUCAGGAGCUGUGGUCAGAGGCCCUUUAUUUUUUAUUUUUUUUUGUCAAAUGUUUUAGUAGAAUAUGGCACAGAUUGUACUUAAAACGUGUUUAUGUCUUAGUUCAUUAUGUUUUAAUACAUAUGAAAAGGUACUGUACUGUGCACUAAAGUCAGUCCUUUUAUGUAAAUUGCUCAGGUCAAUAGUCACUGUAUUUUAAUGUCAGUGUUAAGAGUUCACAGAUUGCACUUUGAAGGUGUUCUAUGCUGCAC